AGACUACGCACACCAUCUGUUCUGGAAACACAGCAAACCAUCAGCAACCUGCCAACGAUGGAGUAUAGUCCCACAUUUCCGCCUUGAGUGACCGCUUCAGCGGCGAGAUCCCCGAUGACCAGAUGGCUUACAGCUCCUUCUUCCCCGAUGAGUACUUCACCUGCUCCUCCCUGUGCCUCAGCUGUGGGGCUGGGUGUAAGAACAGCAUGAAUCACGGGAAGGAAGGAGUGCCGCAUGAAGCCAAGAGCCGCUGCAGCUACUCUCAUCAGUACGACAACCGGGUCUACACCUGCAAGGCCUGCUAUGAGAGGGGCAAGGAAGUCAGCGUCGUGCCCAAGACAUCUGCUUCCACCGACUCCCCCUGGAUGGGGCUCGCAAAGUAUGCCUGGUCUGGGUAUGUGAUCGAGUGCCCUAACUGCGGCGUGGUGUAUCGGAGCCGCCAGUACUGGUUCGGGAACCAAGACCCUGUGGACACGGUGGUGCGGACGGAGAUUGUGCACGUGUGGCCUGGGACCGAUGGCUUUUUGAAGGACAACAACAAUGCCGCCCAGCGCCUGCUGGAUGGAAUGAACUUCAUGGCCCAGUCGGUGUCCGAGCUCAGCCUUGGGCCCACCAAGGCCGUCACUUCCUGGCUGACAGACCAGAUUGCCCCUGCCUACUGGAGGCCCAACUCCCAGAUUCUGAGCUGCAGCAAGUGUGCGACAUCAUUUAAAGAGAACGACACGAAGCAUCACUGCCGGGCCUGCGGGGAGGGCUUCUGUGACAGCUGUUCGUCUAAGACCCGGCCCGUGCCCGAGCGGGGCUGGGGGCCUGCGCCCGUGCGCGUGUGUGACAGCUGCUACGAAGCCACAAGUGUCCACUUAGAUGUUGCUGAGGCACAGGUGGAUGAGGAAGGCGGAACACUGAUUGCCCGGAAGGUGGGCGAGGCUGUGCAGAGCACUCUGGGAGCUGUGGCGACAGCCAUCGACAUACCACUAGGUCUGGUGAAGGACGCGGCCAGGCCGGCGUACUGGGUGCCCGAUCACGAGAUCCUGCACUGCCACAACUGCCGCAAGGAGUUCAGCAUCAAGCUUUCCAAGCACCACUGCCGGGCCUGCGGACAGGGCUUCUGUGACGAGUGCUCACACGACCGGCGGGCCGUCCCCUCGCGUGGCUGGGACCAUCCUGUCCGGGUCUGCUUUAACUGCAAUAAAAAGCCCGGUGACCUUUAACCCCAGCUCCCUCUCCACAUCCUUCACAAUUCCUUAGGUUCUCAGGGUUAGAAACAGAAAGGUCGUUGGGGUAGACCCUCCUCCUGGUCACCUGUCGUGGUGAGUGUUCUUUCCUCUCCCCAGCCUGGGGCCACGCUCCCUCCAUGGGGGUGGGACAGAUGAGGGAGCCGGGAGCCUGGCAUCUGGCCAGGGGGCCUGAGUCUCUCCUCCCCAUCCCCUCCUUCAGUUCAGGGGACCCAGCAACUCAGAGCAAAGGGGCACAAAUCUCAAUCCGUUGCAUUUAUUUCAUUAAAAAUAGUAACUAUAUCCAUACCUGUAUACACCUGCGAAAGGCACUUAAAAGUGGACGCUGGCCACGCUGGCUGGGAAGACCUCCCACCUCCCUCGGCCGAUGCCCGCACCGGCUAGACUGGAAAUGGCUGAAUUUCUUCCUCAGAGCGGGCCACGUCCAGCCGCUGCAUUGCUGGUUAUCUGCCUCUCCUUCCCCUGCCCUUUCCUUUUGUGGCUCCCAAGGGAGUCGAAGCCGGAGCCCGUUUCAGUCAGAGCCCACCCAACCUAGUGUGCAGGUCACCACAGGGGUGGGGGGGUGGUCCUCAGCCCCCAGAAGUUGAAACAGCGCAAUGCCCCCUGUCCCGGGGAGCACCCUGGGAGUGGCCCUGUCCUGGCAGCGGUUCUGUGUCUCCCACCAGGCUGUGCCAAAAGGCGGGCACCCUGCUUCCAAAUCCAAGCAUCUGCCCCCAGCCCUCUCCGGCCCCUUCAUCUGCUUCCAAGGGUCGAACUAGCAGUUUUAUUGCUUACAGUGUCUUAAUUCUUUGUUCCCAGACGCACGGCCCCUCCUGGUAUUACUGGAAGGGUGACCGUGAGAAAUCUUCCAGGGACACAGAGCACAGAAUGGACUGUUAGGGUUUUUUGUUGUUUUUGUUUUAAAGUAUAUAAAUAAUUCAACAGAUCAUAAAAAGAAAAAAUUCUCUUCAGUCCUUGGCAAGAGAAGUCAAAAUGAACUUUUGUUUCUCGGCAAGAGAUUGGCCAUCCCCAUCUAUCGUGACUGGAAAGAGACCGUUGUGUUGAAAUCCUGCCAUCGCGGCGGAUUUAAUCUUCAGUGGCCAAAAGAGCGAAGAACGAAAAGCAAGCCAGUUCGUGGCAGAACGGGGUGGGCAGGUUGAGCGCCUGGGAGUCCCUGGGCGGUCGCUCUGGCGGUGUGGGUCAGUGUGACGGGAGCCCUCGUGUGUGUUGGCCCUCAGACCUGCUCCCUUACUGCCUCCUGUGGCCCCGUGGCUGCGGCCCUACUCUAGAAUCAUGUAUUCUUGAAUUCACCAUUAUAAAGGAAUCUCCCUGCUGA